AUGGAUGAGCAGAGUGUGGAGAGCAUUGCUGAGGUUUUCCGAUGUUUCAUUUGUAUGGAGAAGUUACGUGAUGCACGUCUAUGUCCACAUUGCUCCAAGCUUUGUUGUUUCAGCUGCAUUCGGCGAUGGCUGACAGAACAAAGAGCUCAAUGUCCUCAUUGUCGUGCUCCUCUCCAGCUCCGUGAACUAGUAAAUUGUCGCUGGGCAGAAGAAGUUACCCAACAACUUGAUACUCUUCAACUUUGCAGUCUCACCAAACAUGAAGAAAAUGAAAAGGACAAAUGUGAAAAUCAUCAUGAAAAGCUAAGCGUGUUCUGCUGGACUUGUAAGAAAUGUAUCUGCCAUCAGUGUGCACUUUGGGGAGGAAUGCAUGGUGGACACACUUUUAAACCUUUGGCGGAAAUUUAUGAGCAACAUGUCACUAAAGUGAAUGAAGAGGUAGCAAAACUUCGUCGACGACUCAUGGAAUUAAUAAGCUUGGUUCAAGAAGUGGAAAGAAAUGUAGAGGCAGUACGAAGUGCAAAGGAUGAAAGGGUUCGAGAAAUUAGGAAUGCAGUGGAGAUGAUGAUUGCACGUUUAGACACCCAGCUGAAGAAUAAGCUUAUAACAUUAAUGGGUCAAAAGACAUCUUUGACACAAGAAACAGAGCUUUUGGAAUCUCUACUCCAGGAGGUAGAACAUCAGCUGCGUUCGUGUAGUAAGAGUGAAUUAAUAUCUAAAAGCUCGGAGAUCCUCAUGAUGUUUCAACAGGUUCAUAGAAAGCCUAUGGCAUCUUUUGUUACAACUCCAGUGCCACCAGAUUUUACAAGUGAAUUAGUGCCAGCUUAUGAUUCAACUACUUUUGUUUUAGAGAACUUCAGCACUUUGCGCCAGAGAGCAGAUCCUGUUUAUAGUCCACCUCUUCAAGUUUCGGGACUCUGUUGGAGGUUGAAGGUUUACCCAGAUGGAAAUGGAGUUGUGCGUGGUUAUUACCUCUCUGUGUUCCUGGAACUCUCAGCUGGAUUGCCAGAAACAUCCAAAUAUGAGUACCGUGUAGAGAUGGUUCAUCAGUCUUCCAAUGAUCCUACCAAGAAUAUCAUUAGAGAAUUUGCAUCCGAUUUUGAAGUUGGAGAAUGCUGGGGUUAUAAUAGAUUUUUCCGUUUGGAUUUGCUUGCAAAUGAAGGUUAUUUGAACCGGCAAAAUGAUACAGUGAUUUUAAGAUUUCAGGUGCGUUCACCGACUUUCUUCCAAAAAUGCCGGGACCAGCAUUGGUAUAUUACUCAGUUGGAAACUGCCCAAACCAGCUAUAUCCAACAAAUUAAUAAUCUUAAAGAGAGACUUACCAUUGAACUUUCCCGGUCCCAAAAGUCAAGAGGCAUGUCACCGCCAGACACUCACCUUAGCCCUCAAAAUAGUGAUGGUCUUGAGAUGAGAGCUAAUAAGAAAACUGGAUCAAGUUGUGAAUUACUUCUUGAGGGUGUGCCUGCUGCAGCUUCUGUAAGAGAAGCCAAAGAUGAUGAAGAUGAAGAAAAGAACCAACAUGAAGAUUAUAAUCAUGAGCUUUCAGAUGGAGAUCUGGAUAUAGAUCUUGUUGGAGAAGAUGAAGUAAACCAUUUAGAUGGUAGCAGUUCUUCUGCCAGUUCAACAGCAACUAGUAAUACUGAAGAAAAUGAUAUUGAUGAAGAAACUAUGUCUGGGGAGAAUGACGUGGAAUAUAGUAAUAACAUGGAAUUAGAAGAGGGAGAACUUGUGGAAGAUACAACUACUUCUGGAGCUUCAGGCAGUAGCCAUGGUUAUACAAGUGCAAGCCGCAGAGCUUCAAGGCGAGCUGGAAAUACAGGGUCUGCGGCUAGUAGCAGUUUAUUAGAUAUUGAUCCCUUAAUUUUAAUACACUUGUUGGACCUUAAGGACCGGAGCAGUAUGGAAAGUUUAUGGGGCUUACAGCCUCGUCCACCUGCUUCACUGCUACAGUCCACAGCCUCAUAUGCCCGAAAAGAUAAAGAUCAAAGGAGACAACAGGCAAUGUGGAGAGUGCCUCCAGACUUGAAGAUGCUAAAGAGACUCAAAACACAAAUGGCUGAAGUGAGAAGUAAGAUGUCUGAUGUAAAAAACCAGCUAUCAGAAGUAAGAAGCAACAAUGCUGGAUCCUGUGAUGUCCAGUCCAACUCUUUUUCUACUGAUCAGUCUUUGGCUGCCUGUCCAACAGAAAACUGUGGCAAAUUACAAGAUUUGGGGAUGGAACUUCUGGCAAAGUCAUCAGUUACAAGUGGCUACAUCAGGAACUCCACAAAUAAGAAAAGCAAUUCUCCGAAACCUACUCGAUCUGGUACAGCUGGAAGUUUGUCUCUAAGAAGAGCAGUAGAUUGUGGAGAUAACAAUCAUCGCCCAAAGGCAGACUGUCAGACUUCCUCUGAAGGGUGCCCUGGAACCUCACAGUCUGGUAGCAGACAUAGCCCACCACGGGCUUUAACUCAUGGCAAUAUCUGUGAGGUACUGCCCAAAACAGAAGAUAGGCAGUGUGAAGUUUUGGAUCCAGAUGUUCUGAUUGUUUCAGGUCUAAAUGGCUUGCCUGCUAUGGAGAAGACAAGGAAAAUGGUCACAUUGGGGUCUAAUGCUAAAGGCUGUCGAAUAGAAGGGACACCAAUUACUGAUAUGGAAAACAAUUCUGAAACUGGGGAAUUACAAGCCAUACUUCCUGAAGGGGCUUCAGCUGUGCCUGAAGAAGGGAUGAGCAGUGAUAGUGAUGUUGAAUGUGACACAGAAAAUGAAGAACAAGAAGAGAAUGCUCCUUUGGAUGUAUUUAAUGACUCCUUCAUGGUACAACCCACAGGUCAAGAUACAUGCUCCGGUUUUCCUGAAGGUGAUCAAAUAGGCCCAGAAGACCUCAGUUUCAGCACUGGCGACAGCAGUGGAAGGUAAUUGCCAAACCAAGGGCACUGGCUUUGAGUUAACGUGACCUUGAAAUUUGCAGUAGAUGGUGCUGAAGUUUCUCGUCAGAGCCAGGAACGAUCACAUGUGACCUUUGUUUGCUGCCACUCUCUCCACCUGCAGUGUUAUUCCUGAAACCGUGACAGAAGGGUGUGGAUUGAGUGCACACUGGAGAGAAGAAUCAGUAUGGGAAGAGUUCUAUAUGUAAAACAAUAGAGUAGUUCUAGAAAUUAAAAACCUACAUUCACAAAAGGUAGUUUUUCUGCAACUAAGAGGAGACAAAUAGCCAGACCUUUACUUCUAUCUUCCUAACUUCUUUGGUGCAUGCACUCAUUAACCUACUCAGUGCUGAUACUGUCCCUUUGGUGUUCUCUUCUGAUGACUACUUUCCUCCUGAUGGCUUAUAAUCAGCUAUUUAUUCAUGCCUGUUUAGUGACCAAGAAAACAUUACUUAGAAAUAGUUUUUGUACUACAGGCUCUGUAUGUGAAUAAGUGGGAUAAUCCUAACCACCUUCAGAUGGGGCAAGCUGCCUGAUAGGGGCUAAUUGAUUUCAUCUUAAAAUGCAGGUGCCCCUAUUUAGUUGCACAAAAUGCAACUUUUCCCAUGGCUCGUCUUUAACCUCUUGGAGAACUAGGCAAAUUUGGGAAGGUACUUGUACCAGGCCACAUAGUUCCUACUCUUUUUAAGUGUUGAUCUCUUGUCAGAAUAUUCAGGCAAUUCAGUUUCUUUUGUCUUGUAACAUGUUAAACAUAUAUUGAGGGAAUCUGACUCUCACUCUUUUCAUUAAUUUAACUUAAUUUAAUUUCCUAUAGAUUUAAAGGUUCAAAAAUGUUAGUGAUUCACUUGAAAGUUUCAAAACAUAUAGUUUUCUUCCUUUUUCUCAUUUUUGGACCAAUUUGAGGAGAAAGUAAUCACCAAACUUACCCUUGAGCGAUGGUGUUUGUAUCUGAGCUGCUACACUGACUGUGAAAACUACAAUGACAAUUGAGUCAGAGGCAACUGAAAAGGAUAAAUAAUUGUAUAUCAAUGUUUAAAAGGAAGAUUUUUAAUCUGCCUGUGUUUUAGCUAAUGUCUGACAUUUUGGUGUUGUGUUAUCAUUCAUGGUUCUUGUUUCAAAACAGUUUGCACUUUUUGUUAAUAAAAUGAUCUUGGGGAAAA